AUGGAGGUUAAGGUUCCAUCCUCGGCCUCGGCGCCCAUGAUGGCUGAUGACAGUGCGCCGCCCGUCGAGCAACCGAUGGGCAAGAUCACCAAGAUUGCCGGCAACGAAAAACAGCUCGAGGAAAUCCAAGCUCCCAACAGGCCUGUGGCGCCUGUCAUGAUGCAAUUCGUCAAGGAGGCGGGCAAGAAGGUCAAGAAGCCGAGUCCACGCUUGCUGAGCGCAUUUCCGGCUCCGAGGAUUCUCCCGCCGACGCCCAACUCGCGCUCACUCUUUGCGUGA